AAUCUUUAUUUUCUUUUUACAAUCGAUAAAUUAAUGGCUACUACAACAAUUCGUCUGAAAUUUACAUCUUUAGUUAAAAACAGAUCAAAAUGUUGUCUCGAAAUAGUUCCCGAAAUAUCCAGUAUUCAAAAUAUUGAUAAAAUAAAAUGGACGAAGGAUGCUGAAUCAAUAGAAUACUCCGUUCCUAUCACAUAUAAAAUUAAACUAAAAAAAAUGAAUAUUCUAAGAGAACAUCAUAUCCUGAUUCAAAAUUAUUACUCUUGUGUUGAUUUGGUGCGCUCAACUUCUUUCGCUUAUUUAAAUAAAGCUGCCGGCGAUGUCUUCAAAAGCAUACUGAGUGACCAUCAAAUAUAUUCAAAAUCACACUUUGAUAGCAUUAUUACAAAUGCAAAAAUAUCAAGACCUUCAAAUUGUGCAAAUAAAGAUGAUAGUUCGAAGGAGAAAAAACAUGAAAAUCUAAAUACAUCUCUUAAAUCUCCAAGUGAAACAUUUAAAAUAAAACGAGACCUGCAAAAUAAAAGUACGUGCGUCAAUGAAGAUUUUCAAAUAAAGGAAAAUACUAAUAGAAAAAAUAAUUAUGAUCACAGUAGCUAUAAAAUAAACAAAACUGUUUCCACUACUACCAAUCCAAACUUACCUUUGCUAGAAAACAUCUCCAAUGAAAUAAAGAGUUUAAGCAUAACGCCUAUUUGUAAAAUAAAUACACAUGAAGAAUCCACUACCUUAGAAUCAUAUAAAAACUUAAACAAAUCUGUAGCUUGUUAUAAACCUAACAUUCAAAACAAAUACAAAAACCAUUUAAACGAAAUUGGAGUAGUCGUAAAUCCACCAGACUGGAAUAUUUCUUUCAGUCCUCAUUUUGUCAGAUUACCUGAAAGAACCUGUAACAUACCUUUUAUUAACUCAUAUAAAACAAAUGUUAAAUCUAGUCCUAAAGUAAGAGUAGCUCAUUUUAAAAGUGCCAUGGAAAGAGAAAUAUUACCGCUUAAGAUUAUUUUACACGAUUUACUCACAAAAUGUGCUGCGUUAGGGUUUUUAAAAAAUAAGACUAAUAUUCAAGCCAUUGACUAUUCGAAAACCAAUACAUAUUUAGAUGUACCUGUAAUACGAAAUGAGGGAAGAAAGCGAUGUAAUCGUGUUGUGUACUCUAUUGUUUUUGAAGAAUAAAUUGUAGAUCUUACUUAGUUCAA